GGGGCCGGCCAAGAUGGCUGCUCCCAUGUGCGACGUGUUCGCCUUUUGUAUGGAGGCGGCCGGCCAAGCCCGCCGCGCCCUGGAGCUCCGCUACAUCAGCAACGCCAAGGGGAAAGGACUCUUUGCCACUAGGAAGAUCCGCAAGGGGGAAACGAUUUUUGUAGAGAAGCCGGUGGUGUCGGCCCAGUUCCUCUGGAACGCCCUGUAUAAAUAUAAAGCCUGCGACCACUGCUUGCGAGCGCUGGAGACGGCGGAAGAGAACGCCCAAAGGCUGCUGGGGAGAUUUCAGGCCCUGCCGCGUCCGGAGCAGUGCCGCAUCCACAAAGACCUGCAUCACCUCUGCCCCAGUUGCCAGGUUGCGUAUUGUAGUCCAGAAUGCCGACAGGCCGCCUGGGACCAGUACCACCAGGUCUUGUGCCUUGGACCCUCCCGGGAGGACCCCAAUCACCCCCUCAACAAAUUGCAAGAGGCCUGGCGGAACAUCCAUUACCCACCGGAAACUGCGAGCAUCAUGCUGAUGGCGAGGAUGGUUGCGACGGUCAAGCAGGCCAAAGACAAAGACUGGUGGAUCAAGCUGUUCUCUCAGUUCUGCAGCAAAACGGCCAACGAGGAGGAAGAAAAGAACAGCUCUGAGAGAGAGAACUUAGGGCAGCAAUAUUUUCAAGGCAGCGUCCCGUUUGCAAGAUUGACGGGCGCGACUUUGCUUUUCUUCUCCCGACAGUGGUUUUCCCCUGAAGGCUUCCGCUCUCUCUUUGCCCUGGUGGGCACCAACGGCCAAGGGAUGGGGACCAGCUCCUUAAGCCAAUGGGUCCACGCCUGCGAUGCCUUAGAGCUCCCCCCCCAGGAGCGAGAGCAGUUAGACGCCUUCAUAGACCAGCUCUAUAAGGACAUUGAGAAAGAGACGGGGGAAUUCCUCAACUGCGAAGGGUCCGGCCUCUUCGUGCUGCAGAGCUGUUGCAACCACAGCUGCAUUCCCAACGCCGAGGCCUCCUUCCCAGAUAACAAUUUCACGCUCCACCUGACGGCCUUAGAGGACAUCCAGCCCGGAGAGGAGAUCUGCAUUAGCUACCUCGACUGCUGCCAGCGAGACAGGAGCCGUCACAGCCGUCACAAGGCGCUCCGGGAAAACUACCUGUUCACCUGCUCCUGCCCCAAGUGCCUGGCCCAAGCCGACGACCCCGACGUGACGUCAGAAGAGGAGGAGGAGGAAGGCGAAGGGGAGCCGGAGGACGCAGAGCUGGAGGACGAGAUGACGGACGUUUGAUCCCGGGAACUGGGGCGGGGGAAGGGGGGCUCGGAAGGCAGCGGCUCGGCCGUUUCAGGACCCGGCUUCUGGCCCGGCAGAGGAUGGUGCAGCCGGUGUAAGAAAUGGCCAAGGUCUCCCCAAGAGGAGCACGGAGGAAGGCAGAGCGCUUUCCGUGUACUUCUUGGCCUUCUGGGCAGACGUCUCUCCCCCGACGCCAAAAGAGGGCUAGCUCUUGACUGUUAGCCACAGAGAA